UUCAUAAAAUCACGCAUGAAAGCGCAACUUUCUCACCCGAUUGACAUCAUGGCGUCCUCGCGACUGUCAAAACAAAUCAAUUAACCACAUAAUGUCUAAGAAGCAAGGAGCUAUUAAGAAAAGCCUUGAGACUAACAGCGAGUCAAGGACACAAAUAAAAACAAGGACUCGUUCCAUAACCGAUGCAAGUUCCGAGCAACAGGGAAAGGCAGAGCUUCGAGAACGAAAAGUUGUAUUAGAUCGACGGGGCGCAGGUGACAGACCGUCAAAAGUUUCACAAAAUGCAUCGAGCAGAGUUCUGCCGAGUAAAGUCAUCAUCGGGGAUGCUACUGCUCGGAGCAAAACCGUGCAUCGAAAUAGUACGUCUUCCACUGCGAGGUCCACUCACGAGGGAUCUCCACGUGUUACUAAUCAUGUGACAAAUAAGAGUACAACCUCGCGAACGCAUUCAGAGAGUAUACGAAAAGUCACUUCUAGUAAAGAGGUCGACCGCAGUAAAGCUAGAGAAAAGAAUCGAACUGGUUACACAGAAAAGAGAGGAACUAGUGACAUUUACAUCCCGAAAGCACAAACGAGUAAAUAUGGCUCAAAGUCUACCGAUGAGACAAGAGUUAAGAAUACAGAGUCAAGUCAGGUUAAAGACAGAGGAAGGAGAAGUGAGCCAAAAAAGACAGAAACUGGAAAAGAAAGUAGACACAGACUUCCUUCCCAAGAACGCAGGAAAUCUAGAACUCUCAGUCCGAGCGAAGUCAAAGUUUUACACAGUAAUGCAAAUAAAAGCAACGUAGUCAGAAAAACAACAAGCACAACACUUCCUGUUAAAAAUAAUCCCAAAAUUGACAACGCAUCGAACAAUGCAGACAGCGAAUACGAAUACGAGGAUGAUUUCGAGGACUAUGAAUCUGAUUUUCAAGAGUGCACCGACAGCGAAGCAUCGGAAGUCAGCGAAGCAUCGGAUAACAGUAGAAUCACUCCAAUGCUCGACCCUAUCGAACUCCGAACUGAACAACAAAAAAAGGUAGUCAGCAGUGGUGAGAGCCGCAAGACUGAAGAAGAGCACAUGUUAGACUCCGGUCAUUAUGAACUUGCCGAAGCUAGGAAAAGGGCUGCCAGGGUUGAAUCGAUGACUGCUAAUCAAUCAAAGACUCCUUCGCCACCUGAAUUGAGACAACCUGUUAACAAGGCUUAUAGAGAAGAGACGACUACCGAAACGAAGUCCCUACCUCUCUCAACGGAUGAAGGUUUUGAAGAGGAUCGCUCUGGAGAUUUUGCAAAGUCUCCUCCAUUGUCGCAGGUGGUAUUCAUUGAUUUCCAAAAGGCGAAAAAGGAGUCUCCGAUAAAGAAAUCCCAAGUAACUCUAAGCCGUGGUAAAGAGUUACUGCAGAUGAUAAAAUUAGACACCGUAAACUGGUCGCUUCUGGAAUGUUCACCGAUAUCCUAUGGAGAGUUCAUCAGAAUUUAUGGGAAGCUGAACACUCAGCAGAUGUCUACGCAGACGAAGGAAGAUAACCUAGACAUAGAGAUACAAACCGACGAAAUCAAUUGUAGUAACAAGUGGACGCAAUUCCCAGUGAAAUGUAGAAACAGAUUGAAGAACAACGAAGAUGUCAAACGAUUUAAAAUGGAACAAAUAGGCGUUGGAGACGACCGUGACGAAGAAUCAAAUUUACAUUCUACAAAACCAUCUUUUGACAUUAUCCGAUUAAACGAGUUCAUGGAGCGCGCCGGGAAAGUGAUGUUGGCAAUUCUAGAAGAAACUAGGCUCGGUGGAAAUGUUCUUCAGAGUGAUGUUCACGAGUUGCCUUUCAGCGAAGGUGUCGUCAACCUUUCAGUGAAUUCUGUCACCUUCCUAACUGGCCGACCAGUUACAAUAAUUCAUUACUCAGAAGUGUUAAACAAAGUAUUGCUUUCGAUCCAUUCCACGACUGACGAGGAAGUAGAAACAUCUAACAAGCAAGAUUACUUAACCGACUGCUGCAUCGGAUGCCUUUGGAACAUGUCAGAGCCUUCGAAGCCUACGAAACUGUUUUACUCCCCCUGCCCUGUUACGGCAUGCUGUUUCCAUCCAACAAAUUAUAAUCUCAUUUUCGCAGGGCUUCAAGAUGGCUCGAUGAGUCUGUGGGAUCUUAAAGAGGACGAAAUGUGGCAUCGGAAGGUUACGGAUAAAGCUAACGAGUCAGACUGGAUAAUUCGAUCGCCAACUUAUGUGACAGCAGGAAAUCCUGAAAUUGACGGCCACAAGUCAGAAAUCGUUGCAAUACAUGUUUUGUCAAAAAUCGAGGAGGAACCUAUCGAAGCAUCGUACAAUAAAUUUGUACCAAUUCAGAUAUGCAGUCUUGACAGCGAUGGUUACUUGAUCAUCUGGAGUACGUUUCGCAACAUAGGCAGUGCAACGAAUGACUUGGGAUUGUCAUAUUGGGGAAAUGUGAAGCUCACGAAGAGUCAAGAAAUUUCUCUGGGAUCAAGAAAAACCAAAAUAAAAAGUUACCUUAACGGAUUCGUCGACAUGCAAGUUGACAGCAUCAGUCCGAAUAAUCUUUACAUCGGUACAAACUCGACUAACAUUAUGCAUGCCACCUGCGUUGGAACUAAAACUUCCCCUCCGGUGUAUAAAGCACGUGAAAUGGACCAGUGUGGUGGAGUGACGUGCAUUGAAAGGUGUCCUUUCGAACAGUCUUAUUUCCUGGUUGGCUGCGAUGAUGGUGCAAUUCGACUGCAUUCACUGCAUGCCGAGAGGCCACUUUUGCAAUUAAAGGAUGAGAACUGUGCAGCCUCGGUGAAGUCUCUACAGUGGUCGAAGACUAAACCAUUCACUGUGUACAUUCUAGACAAUGAAUCCAAAAUUCACGUAUGGGAUUUAAGUAGCAGCGAUAUUUAUCCAAUGUUCACCAUAUCCACAAAAACAUGGGGACAUGUGUGCAGCAUGACUUUAUCUCCCUGCAAAUGCGAUCGCGAUAUGACGAAUCAAUAUAUGGCUCUAGGCACAGAAACUGGAAACGUGGAGAUCCACAAACUGAACAAAGACUUUUGUCACUCUCGAAGGAAAGACCUCCGACAAGAAUUGAACACGUUUUUGCGAUACGUGUCGAUUUUAUAAUAAAAAAAUCGAGAAGAAAAAUAUUACACGUAAUUCCGGUUGCAUCGUAUCCAUUAAGGAUAUCUGAAACGAAAAUAAUUAUCGAAACUAGUCAAUUUAUCGAUUAAAGAUGAAUCUGCCGAAUAUCAGUGACCAAGACUGGACAGUUCCAAGAAUUGUUCAUAAUUUCCCUGCCGUUAAUAAUUGAGGUUCCUUAAUGGAAUCUCGUGAUCUCGUACUGUAUCCCAGGAAACUUGUCCAUGAGUCUUGUUUAUUAAUAGAGUGUGUCAGUAACCUGUUCACUAAUGGGUCCAAUUAAUAAUCGUCACGAUGCACUGACUUGAUGUUUCUAGAAAUUAAUAAGAAUCUUUUCUUGGACUCUGAUAUACACCAGAGAGCAAUUGUACUUUUUAAACUCGUCCGAAGUGCCCAUUACUGAUAACUAGUCCGUCCACUUAAGUGAUCGUACUAUUAAACAUACAUAAUUUAUAAUUAAGGUUAUACAAAAUAGUUGGAAAAUGAAGUUACGUUGCAAGUAAUCGACUACGGUUCAUGUACACAAAAUAUUCUUUCUGUUCAUACAUAGUACAAUAACAACGUAUAAAAAAACUACACAACUAUUAAA